AUGAACGUGGCAACUCCUCCAAUGCCGAGAACCACUCCGCCGCCGCUGCAGCCGGAGAAGAAGAUCUUCCGCCGCGAGUGGAGCCGCCCAGAUGAUCGUCACGAUCAUCAACAUGUUGCCUGGACCAGCGUGCGCCAGGAGAGAUGGGAAGGAGAGCUCACUGUUAAUGGAGAUAUACCACUCUGGCUGAAUGGGACGUACCUAAGGAACGGUCCGGGCAUGUGGCACAUAGGCAACUACAACUUCCGGCACCUGUUCGACGGCUACGCCACCCUAGUGAAGCUCAACUUCGAAGACGGCCGCCUCAUCGCCGGCCACCGCCAAAUCGAAUCGGACGCCUACAAGGCAGCCAAGAAGAACAACAAGCUCUGCUACCGCGAGUUCUCAGAGGUCCCCAAAACGGACAACUUCUUGGCCUACGUCGGCGAGCUGGCCAACCUCUUCUCGGGCUCGUCGCUGACCGACAACGCCAACACCGGCGUUGUGAAGCUCGGCGAUGGCCGCGUGGUGUGUUUGACUGAGACUCAAAAGGGUUCGAUAAUGAUCGACCCGGAAACACUCGACACGAUUGGGAGGUUCGAGUACAGCGACUCGUUAGGUGGGUUGAUCCACUCGGCGCACCCUAUUGUGACGGAGACGGAGUUCUUGACUCUGUUGCCGGACUUGGUCAGCCCUGGUUACUUGGUGGUGAGGAUGGAGCCCGGGACCAACGAGAGGAAGGUGAUUGGCCGAGUGAGCUGCCGUGGUGGCCCGUCUCCAGGGUGGGUCCACUCGUUUCCGGUGACCGAACACUACGUGGUGGUGCCGGAGAUGCCACUGAGGUACUGCGCUCAGAAUUUGCUCAAGGCUGAGCCGACGCCGUUGUACAAGUUUCAAUGGCACCCUGAAUCUAAAGCUUACUUACAUGUUAUGUGCAAGAGUAGUGGCAAGCUUGUGGCGAGUGUGGAAGUACCGCUGUUCAUAACAUUUCAUUUCAUAAAUGCGUAUGAAGAGAAGGACGAAGAAGGAAGGGUUACGGCCAUUGUUGCAGACUGUUGUGAGCAUAAUGCUGAUACGACAAUCCUUGAUAAGCUCAGGCUUCAGAAUCUUCGGUCCUAUGACGGCCAAGAAGAUGUCCUACCAGAUGCCAGGGUUGGUAGGUUCAAAAUUCCACUAGAUGGGAGUCCAUAUGGGAAGCUUGAGGCAGCUUUAGACCCAAAUGAACAUGGUAAAGGCAUGGAUAUGUGCAGCAUAAAUCCAGCUUACUUGGGCAAAAAAUACCGAUAUGCAUACGCUUGUGGAGCUCAGCGCCCAUGCAACUUCCCCAACACCAUUACUAAGGUAACAAAGAAUUUAGUUAGUUAUGAUCUCUACACUCACAUAUUAGUAAACGAAUUUAUAAUAAUGCAGAUUGAUUUGGUAAAGAAGGAGGCUAAGAACUGGUAUCAGGAAGGUGCAGUGCCAUCGGAACCAUACUUCGUGGCUCGACCGGGGGCAACAGAAGAGGAUGAUGGUGUAGUAAUAUCGAUGGUUAGUGAGAAAAAUGGAGGUGGAUAUGCACUGCUGUUAGAUGGAUCCACCUUUGAAGAGAUUGCCCGAGCAAAGUUUCCCUAUGGUCUUCCGUACGGGCUCCAUGGCUGCUGGGUUCCAAAGAAAUAA